CAUCUCGCGAGAUUUUGAGUUCCCGGUGAAGAGAAGUACGUUCGUCCAGCAGCCAGCUCGGUCCAGUCGUCUUGCACGCACAGACACACUAAAAUGGCGUCGGCUCCUGAUUACAGCUCCUACAGUCAAACCAGCACCCAGCCAGGGUAUGCCUCUUACGCUGCCCAGCCCUCUCAAAGCUAUGGACAGUCUGCACAGCAGGGCUAUAGUCAGCAGAAUUACGGAUCAUAUGCCCAACCUGCUGCAGCUGACGGCACUUACACCCAGACAACACCUGCUGCUGGAGGAUACCCUCAGCAGCAGCAACAACAGUAUGGGUCUUCAUAUGCCCAACCAGCAUCAGCUGGCUACCCCGCCGCCCAGUCUACCACUCAUAGCUACUCCCAGUCAACCCAGGGCUAUGGAGCCAGUGGUUAUGACAGUACUCCAGCUGCUGCUGCUCCAGCUGCCUCCCAGUCUUACGGUUCUCAGCCAGGAUAUACUGCCCAGUCUGCAUACCCUGGAUAUGGCCAGCAGGCUGCUCCCACUGCGCCACAGAGUUACAAUGCUAGCAGCCAGCCGACAAGUUACAACCAAAGUAGCUACUCCCAGCCAGCAGCAUAUGGCCAGCAACAGCCUGGCUACCAGGCCCAGCAGGCCAGCUAUGGCCAGCAGCAGGGGUACCAGCAACCAACCCAGCAGCAGCAACAGGCUCCUCCUGCUUACCCUCCUCAGGCUGCUGGUUCCUAUGGGCAGCCUCCAUCCAACCAGUACAGCCAGCAAGGUGGACCACCCAGUUACAACCAGUCUAACCAUUACAAUAAUUACAGACAGGAUGGCCAGAGCGGAGGUUCUGGUUACUCUGGCUCUGAUUCUUCAAGGUACCCAGGGACCGGGGAUAGCAGAGGCCCUGGCAGGGACGGCUUUGAUCGAGGUGGAAUGAUGCAUCGUGGACGUGGAGGCAUGGGCCGUGGCAUGGGCAGCGCUGGAGACAGAGGUGGCUUCAGUAAGCCUGGUGGACCUAUGGGCAGUGACGAGCGUGAUAUAGGACGCCCUGAAGAGCAGGAUGACUCUGAGAACAGCACGAUCUACAUCACAGGAUUGACCGAGAAGGCUAACCUGGAGGAGAUGGCGGAAUUCUUUAAACAUGUUGGCCCAAUCAGGAUUAACCGCAGACUUGGCCAGCCUGCUAUUAACAUAUACACAGACAAGGACACAGGAAAGCCCAAGGGAGAUGCCACCCUCUCCUAUGAGGAGCCAAUCUGUGCCAAAGCAGCCGUGGAGCAUUUUGAUGGAAAGGAGUUCCAAGGCCGAAGGCUUAAGGUAUCCAUGGCACGCCGUAAGCCCAUGAUGGGUGGAAUGAGAGGUGGCAUGCCCAUGCGAGAUGGCAUGAUGGGUCGUGGAGGUAUGAUGGGUCGUGGGGGAGACCGUGGUGGCUUUGGCCCACGAGGUGGUCCACGUGGUAUGGGCAGAGGUGGACCCACAGGAGGCAACAUGCAGCAGAGGGCUGGGGACUGGGAGUGUCCUAACCCGGGUUGUGGCAACCAGAACUUUGCCUGGAGGAUGGAGUGUAACCAGUGCAAAGCCCCCAAACCAGAAGGGUUAGGUGGUGGCCCCCCAUUUCCCCCUGGAGGUGAUCGUGGCAGAGGUGGAAUGGGAAUGCGUGGAGGCAGAGGUAUGGACCGCGGUGGGCCGGCGGGAGCUGGAGGCCCAGGUGGCCCUGGAGGUUUCCGUGGAGGCUGGGGAGGCGACCGUGGCGGAUUCAGAGGACGCGGUGGAAUGGAUAGGGGAGGUUUCCGUGGGGCUGGGCGUGGAGGACCACCCAUGGACCGAAUGGGUGGCAGAGGCGGAAGAGGAAUGGGCCCACCAGGUGGCAAGAUGGAUAUGAGGGACCAUCGCCAGGAGCGCAGGGAACGACCCUACUGAAGAACUUAUUGACCGUUCCUCUUGUGGAAUUUCAUUUUUAAGACGAGAAUUUUUAAUUUAUGAUUCCAUAUUUUGAUGGUAAUAGAACUGCUUUCAAACAUCUUGUGCAGUUUCGUUCAACUCGUGUUUCCAUUUAUUUUUUUUUUAUUUUAGUUUACCCAUGUUUAUGCUCCUUAUUGUAUUGUGCACGUUUUUCUUUGUUGCUUUUUUAAAUAUGCAGAUAGGUUUGACAUUGUAUCGUAACAUUUUUCAUUCGUUAGCAUAAUUGCCUCCCCCUUUCCCACAGCUGACAAUUGUAUGAUUAUAAAUUUGGGAAAUAAAAUUUUACUGAUUUGA